ACCUUUCCCUUACGCUCCGACGACCAUGAAACUCAAGGAGAUUCAUAGAACAUCGACGUUCGCAUGGUCACCACUACCGUCCAUCCCGUUGCUGGCCACGGGGACCGUCGCAGGCGCCCUCGACGAAUCAUUCUCCAAUGAGAGUCAACUCGAGAUCUGGGCGCCCGACUUUUUGAACAAGCAGGAGUAUGACUUGGGUGGAGAGGGUCAGCCAGGACCCAGGGGCGUGAUCAGGGAUACUGCUAGGUUCAACCGUAUUGCGUGGGGGUAUGUAGAGGGAAACCGCCCGCAGGGUAUCAUUGCUGCUGGUAUGGAGAACGGAGAGCUGGGUAUCUGGGAUCCAGAGAAGAUUGUUGCGCAGGCCGAUCCUUCCGAGGCUCUCAUUCUCAAAAACAAUACCCAUACCGGGCCCAUUCGUGGCUUGGACUUCAACCCUAUUCAAACAAGCUUGUUCUCUUCCGGCGGUCCUAAUGGCGAGAUAUACAUCUGGGACCUCAAAGACCCGAGUAAACCUUACUCGCCCGGAACACGUAGCUCAAAACUCGACGAAAUCACCGCCCUUUCUUGGAACAACCAAGUCCCACACGUCCUCGCCACCUCAAGCAGUACCGGGUACACCGUGGUCUGGGAUCUGAGAGGAAAGCGAGAAGUUGUGGCGCUUGCGUAUGGUGGAGGAGCUGGUGCUCUCGCUGGUGCACGUCGUGGCAUGAGCGACGUUGCGUGGCACCCAGAUAACGCUACUAAACUCGUCACUUCUUCCGAGGAUGAUGCCUCACCAGUCAUCAUGGUCUGGGACCUCCGCAACGCUCGUGCGCCAGAGAAGAUCCUCACAGGCCACGAAAAAGGUGUCCUCUCCCUCUCCUGGUGUAAACAGGACGCCGACCUCCUCCUCUCCUCCGGCAAAGACAAUCGCGCUCUCUGCUGGAACCCUCAAACCUCCGAAAUCAUCGGCGAACUCCCCUCCGCAGACAACUGGGCCUUCCAAGUCCAAUGGUGCCCCCGCAACCCCGAUCUCCUCGCCACGGCAUUCUUCGACGGGACCAUCGGCGUACACUCCGUACAGACGACAAACGAGGCUGCACAGGGCGGCGAUAUUCCGCUUACGACGCCGAAGCCGGAUGGAGCGGACGUGUUCGACGUUCCUGGGUUCGCGAGGACGAAUCAGGCGACGAUUUCGUUGAAGCAGCCGCCGAAGUGGUUGAGGAGGCCGAUCUCGAGCUCGUUCGGGUAUGGUGGACAGUUGGUGUCGGUGUCGAAUCUGCCCUCCGCACAGGGUCGUCAUCAGAGCGGAGUCGUACAUCUCAGGAAGGUCAUCACGGAGGAGAGCAUCGUCGCUCGUGCGCGGAAGCUACAGGAGGCUGUGAUGGCGGGAGACCUGUCUGGAUUGGCGAAGGAGAGGAGCGGAGAGAACGAGGCGGAUGAGAGUUCGGCGACUUGGAAGGCUCUGUUGAGUCUGUUCAAGGCGGAUUCGAGGGACGAGCUCGUCACGCUGUUGGGAUUCUCGAAGGCCGAGAUCGCUACGAAGGUCGCGGAGGCGGUCGCGAAGCUGAAGACAAAGGUCGAAGAUGUGACCACUCCUCCGCCUAGGUCCCCCGCAGAACAAGACGUCACAGAAACGAAGCCACACGAACCUGUCGUUUCCUUCGUCGAGCCUGAACGGAGUCCUUCCCCUCCCGUUGAAGACCCGAUGGCCCAGGCGACUGAGAACACGCCGUCGGAAGUCAGUGCGGGUGGCGCGUCGGACGUGACGAAUGUUCCUUCUCUCGCCGGCGAGUCGACAACCACCGCGCCUAGUCUGUUCGGCGACGAUAAUGCUGCAGGGACGCCACAGAUGGACGCUGCGGCCGACUUUUUCAGCACGAUGGGCAUUUCACAGACGAAUAAUACCGCGGCGGGCGAUUCGGUGCAGGUUCCCCAUACGAACUACGGAUUAGACUCGUCGGUCGCAGCUACUAUCGGUUCUGGGCCAUCGUCUGUCGCUUCCGAGACGUUGAAGAGCAACACUUUCACGAUCUACCCUCCAGACGAGUCAGAGACGGACAGGCUCGUCACGAAGGCGCUCGUCGUCGGCGACUUUGACUCCGCCGUGUCGCUGUGCCUUUCGACAGACCGCUAUGCCGAUGCGAUCUUGCUGGCCGUCAAGGGUGGCCCGGCACUGCUCGCGAAGACGCAGAAGGCGUAUUUCGAGAAGAGGACGGCGGAGUUGCCGUAUUUGAGGCUGUUCCAGUCGAUCGUGACGAACGACCUGGACGAUAUCGUGCAGAACGCGGAUCUGCAGGAGUGGCAAGAGAUCUUCGUAGUGCUGUGUACGUUCGCUAACACGGAGGAAUUCCCGAACCUGGCGGAACAGCUUGGGUCCAGGUUGGAGUUCCAGGGUACGAUUGCGAAGUCGAAGUCGAGCUCUCCGGAGGCAGCGAGAGUGCUGAGGAAGAAUGCGACGUUGACCUACCUUGCGGCGGGCAAGCUUGAGAGGCUCGUCAAUAUCUGGAUCGAGGAGCUCGUGGAGGAGGAGAAGAGGAUCUUGGCGAACGAGGAUGAGAAGGGUGUUUCGAGGUAUACGGCGCAUGCGCAUGCGCUCCAGUCGUUCAUCGAGAAGGUCAUGAUCUUCCGAGCUGCGACGAGCUACGCCGAUGCCGAUCUCGCAUUUGAUAAACCAUCCGCAGAGGGAGAGAAUGUCGCCAAGGUUUACAAGCUCUCGAACCUGUACGAGCGCUUCUUCGAGUAUGCGGACUUGCUGGCGACACAAGGACUCGUCAAGGAUGCGGUGGCGUUCUUGAAGCUCACCCCAGCUGGGUAUACUGGCACUCCAGGGUCGGGGAUAGAUGUGGCUGUUGGGAGGGAGAGGUUGCUUGUUGCGGGAGGUCAGGCUACUGCAACGCCUGGUGCUGGCCCGUCCAACAUCGCUUCGACAUCGCGCGUUCCGACACUUCCUUCGGUCCCUUCGGCUAUGGCUUCCACCAAUUAUUCGUCAUAUGGGCAAUAUGCGGCGCCUCUCCAACAGCAGGCUCCUGUCGCGCCUGCAUAUGGCACAUAUGCUCCCGCGGCCACCGCCAAUAACGCCUACGCCCCUGCGGUCUCAGCCACCAGCGCCCCUCCAGUCAACAACCCGUACGCACCAUCCCAACCUGCGGUCAGCCAACAACCCUACCAGUCCUCUGCACCUUCGGCGUACGGCCCCUCCGGAGGGUGGAACCCUCAAAUGAACAAUAACUCCGUCGUCCCUCCACCUCCUCAGCCCAUCACCGGCUCCACCCCUCCUGCUCCUGGACCUGCUCCCCCGCCCAAGCGUCAACAACAAAACGGUGGAUGGAACGAUGCUCCUUCGUUGCUCGAUCGUAGGACACCGAGUACCUUGGGGGGCAACAACGCCAACAAGCCUUCAGCGAUCACUUCGCCAUUCCCGAACGCUCCGUCGACUCCUGGAAUCGGCGGUGGACCAACACAGUUCAUGGGGAUGCGUGGCCAGUCGCCGCAGACGGUUAUGCCUCCUCCAAGGCCUGGGAGCGUGCAGAAUAGGGCGCCUGUCGCGCCUCCGCCCCAGGGUCAUAGGAUGGGCAUUCCGCAUCCGGGACAGCAGCAAGGACCAUAUCCUCCACAGGCUCGCCCGCCUUCAGGCCCUCCUAUGAAUAUGAUGUCACCACCUGGCCAGCAGAUGUCUUCUCCCCCUCAAGGGCAAUACGCUCCUCCCCCAACUCAACGUGGACAUGUCCCUCCACAGAUGCAACAACAAGCUUCGAUGUCGCCUCCUCCACCAGGUCCUUACGGUCCUCCUCCCGGCGUCCGUGCUACACCACCACCUGGCGCUCCCAUGGGUCUUGGAAUGAACAUGCCGCCUCCUGGACCUGGUGGACCUCAGCAAUUCGGUCGUCCGGGACCGCCUCCACAGCAGCAGCAACAACAUCCAGGAAUGGGAGGACAACAGCUACCGCCUCCGCCACAGGGUGGGUUGAGGCCGGGUCCUCCGGGGGGUGUUGGGCCGCCGGUGCAGUCGAGGACGCCGGGUGGGGGGCCGUCGAGCGUGCCUCCGCCAAGGGGUCCUCCGCCGCCCAAGUAUCCUGUGGGUGACAGGAGCCAUAUACCGGAGAGGUUGCAGCCUGCGUACGCUAUCAUCUCGGGACAGUUAGCGAUUUUGAAGCAGACUACGCCUCCACAGCAAAAGCGGCUCGUGGAUGACCUCGAGAGGCGAAUCAAUCCGUUGUUCGACGCACUCAACUGCGAGACGCUCUCCGCACCGACGGUGGAACAGCUGCUUGUACUUACCAAAGCGAUGGAGAACCACGACCGGGACGCGGCGCUGCAGUUGCAUGUGAACAUGCUGACGUCGACGAGCGGGGAUGACAUUGCGCUUUGGAUGUCGGGGAUCAAACAGCUGAUCAUGCGGUUGUAAGUCUUGGGUGAGAAGCGACACGGUGAAAACGGCCAGGAACAGAUUGUAUUUCCCUGGUCGAGUGGCUGGAUGGAAUGGAGGGGAUGAGAUUGUCGGGGUUUAUGUAUGGUGGGGGGUGGGUACAAAAGUGGAAGGUGAGGAUGAACGCGAUGAUGGGAUGGAUGUGGAAAUGGAUUUCUGUUCUGAUGUGUUCAAGAUGGUUCUGUGUGUCGUGUUGAAAUAUGGACAUUCCGUUUAUUCGCCUUUGCCGGAGUCGCCACGGUAUAGCGGUACCCUUGAGAAGGAGGUGUACACCAAAAGUUGUGACUAUUGAUUUCGA